AUGAAAAGAAACUUUCCCGCCAAUUCUCUCGUAGUUUUUAUAUUGUUGGUGGCUCUUGCUUCAUCAUCAUUCCAACAACAAGAAACCUCUUCGGUAACAGUCUAUAGUAAGAAUAAUUAUAUUCUCAAUUCGGAGGACUAUUUGAAAGGAGCUGCUGUUGCUAGACUUGUCGAUUCUGUUCAAUUGAAUGGCUGGUCUCAACUCAAUAUUUCAACCAAUGCUAAUUUAUUUAAUGAUGAAGAACAAAUGUAUGCUGCUGGUAUGGCUGAAGGAUUAGUUUCCUCCUAUCAAACCUGGCAACUUCUUCAAAAUCAAAUUUAUGAUUGGAAUUUCACGGAAAGUACUGGAAGUGUGAAGAGAACUCCAUCAUCAAAUUAUGUUUAUCCAAAGGGAAUUAUUAAUUUCCUUACACAAAAUAAUGCUUGGAUGAGAAAGGAAGCUAUUCAAAGAAAGGAUCAUUGCAAGUUUUGGUAUCAUGUCAAUUUGAUGAUGACUCAAUUUGAUGGUCUUGUGGAUGGUUUUUUGAUUGGACAACAACGUGAUUCUCGUAUUCCUGCAAAUAAGUAUUUGGAUUGGUUUGAUUUGUUGGUUUUGCAAGCUGCUGGUGAUAUGUACACACUUGUGGAUGCUUUUGGAAGCUCAUUGAUGAAGUCUUCUCUCAAGACUCGUGCUGAAGCUUUUGCAUCUGGUAUUCCUUUGGAAGUUUUCCAAUCUAAUGCCUUCACUAGAAAGUAUAAAGAAGAGCCACCAUACACUGAAUGUAGUGCUCUCAUUAAGGUUACACCAGAUUGUAAAAACAUCUUUGUAGGUCACACAACCUGGAGAAGAUAUAACAUUAUUAACAAGUUCUUCAAGACUCUCACAAUGCCACUCAAGUUUGUUGCUGCCAAGACUGUCAGUAUGAGUUCUUCUGCCAGUUUCUUCUCCUCUAAGGAAGAUUAUUUGGCUAUGGACUCUGGUUUGGUUGCUUUGGAAACCUCUCUCAGUACCUACAAUACUUCAUUGUAUAAAUUGCUCAAGCCAGAAUCAUUACUUUCAUGGGUUAGAAGUGUUGUUGCCAGUAGAUUGGCUUAUACUUCAAAGGAAUGGAUUGAUACCUUUGCUAAAUUCUCCAGUGGUACCUACAACAAUCAAUGGAUGAGUUUGGAUAUGAAGAAAUUCAAGCCAGGUACUUGUCAAUUGGAAAAGGAUACCUUAUGGAUUAUUGAAGAACUUCCAGGAGGUGCCAAUCAAAAUGCUGACGUUUCAUCAAUUGUAAAUUCCAAUCAAGGUUAUUGGCCAAGUUACAAUAUUCCAUACUUCCCAGAAAUUUACAACAUGCUUGGUUAUGCUGAAGCAAAGAAAAAGUUCGGAAAUGAAAUGGAUUAUAAAUUGUGUCCAAGAGCUAAGAUUUUCGCUAGAGAACAAUCCAAGAUUAUCAAUGAUUGGAAAUCAUUUGGAAGAGUUUUGCAAUUCAAUGAAUGGCAAAUUGAUGAAUUCAGUGAAGGAGAUCCAGCUAAAUCAAUUGCUGCUCGUUACGAUUUGAGACCUACCAAUGGUCAACUCAAACCAGCUGCAUUUGGUGGUGCUGAUACUAAAUUGACCAGUUACAGACACGUCAUGAAUAGUGCUACUGGUAAACCUGUUACUUUCGGUAUGGCUGGUCCAACUCACCAAGAACAAGCUCCAUUCACAUGGAAUGAUAAUCGUUGGAAUUCAAUUCCACAUUUGGGUCAACCAGACACUUACGAUUUUGACUGGGUUCAAUUCAACAAUUAAAAAUUGCACUCUCAUACUUA